AUGGUUCCUUCUCGGGCGAGUGGAUCGUCGUCAUCUCGACCUCCACGCCGUAGCCGCGCCACAGUCCCGAGCUAUAACGAAGCCACAUCGGAGGAAGACAGCGAUUUUAGGACAUCCGCCACCACCAGGCCACGCAGGCAGCCCGCCGUUUCAUUGCGAUCCCGUUCCGCCACGCAGCGUCCGUCGUACCGUGAAUCUUCGGACUAUGAAUCGAGUACGGUUGAAGAGCCUGGUGAGGAAUCAGAAGAAGCUCCCGCCCAUGAGCGGAAUGUAUCAGUCGAAAUCCGCGGCAACACUCGUCCCAGUAUAAACAGGCGCAUGGCUAAUCGCCCUCAAACCUCUUCGGGACGUCAAAGACCUUCAGGCAACAAGCGAAGGCCGCGCGAUCGGCCAAGUCGUGCAAUUUCACACCCUGCGAAAAAGGCCAAGUAUUACUCGGAGUUAUUGGAUGACACUACACGAGUCAUUCCACCAUGGCAAACAUUACCUUAUCACAUUCUCUUCGACAUCCUGCUCCACGCGACUUAUCCAGAGCCGAAUGAAAAAUGGGAGGCCCGGAGUGACAUGGCCAGAUGGCUCGUCAAUGUCGCUUGUUUGUGCCGCGCAUUCCAAGAACCGGCUCUAGCUGCUCUUUACUACUGCCCUCCUCUAUUUCCGUCGUACAAGUGCCACGCUUUGGUGAAUCUACUCUCGAUGCCGCGGGAGUCUCUACUCAUCAAUUACGCCGGAAAGAUCAAGGAGUUACUUGUGGAUGUCGAUGUACUUCGUUACAAAAGUGGACCUAUCUUGGGUUAUUUUGACUUAGCUCAGCUGAUUCAGAAGAUCCCUCAGGUACACAUCGUGAGACUAUAUCACCAGGAAGAUUUUAUUCUCGGACAUCAGCCAUGGAAUGUGCCACUGUCGAAGUGGAUGUACUCAGAGCACCUGUUUGAGGUCAUGGACUCGACUGGAGUACGUCUCCAUGCGUGGGAUUGGAAUUCUCGUUUCCUCGAUCUCCCUGAUCUUCUUCCAUUCAUGCUAAAGCAGCAUCAACGUCCGGCCUUUCAGCGACUCCGAGAAGUCAAAUUACACCAUCUGGGGGAUCGAAACAGGCAGGAUACUUCCGAAAAGGAGGAUUCUUUAGCUUCUGCCUUGAAAGUACUCCCGGCACUUGAACGGUUGGAGCUGGUGGAAUGUACUUUGUUGACAGACCGACUCCUCCUCCAACUGCCUUCGACACUUUGCUCUCUUACGAUUACAAAUUGUGAUCGACUCUUCACGCCAUAUCUUGAUGCGUUCCUCAAAUCUCACGGGAGCUCUGUCCGGGAGCUUAACUUGAACCAUAAUCGUCACCUGGACCUUUUCUGGACGGAUAGUCUUGCUGAGCAUUGCCCCAAUCUCGAAAAGCUCAAAUUCGAUGGGACCAUCUACGACGCAUCUCCUCAUAAUGAUACCAAUCCUCACUUCGAUGCUUUGCUGAAUCCCGACGUGGAGCCAACAUGGCCACGUACCCUGCGAGAAAUCGAAAUGACGUGUCUAAGGAGACUGGACGGCGACUGUGCAGAAUUGUUCCUCAACAGUUUACAGCAUGCCGCUUCCGAGAUGUGCUCGCUCCGUCGACUAGUUGUGAGCAUGAUCCUUAACGUUUCAUGGCGCGACCGAGCCAGGUUUCGCGACACUUGGGUGCCCCAAAUCACCCGCACUUUUCGUCGUUCUGACUUCGCUCAGAGUAGCCCAGAGCGUUCUCCAUUUCCAGAGUCUUCAGCAGCACCCAAGCGCCAUAGUGCACGGCUAGUCGGAAAGAAAGGUGCCCAUGCUGAAUCGGCCGUCGAUGCACCGGUUUACGCACCCUGUGAGACCUCUCCAAGUGCCCAACCUCAGCAACAUGGGAUGUGCGAUGAAGUUCUCAUUCGGAUCGAUAACCAGCGACCCAGCGAGACGCAGUUCAACGAGAAUGACUUUCUAGAUUCCGAGGCCAGUGGCGAUGACGACUGGCCUGGUGGGGACUAG